UACACACAAAAAAUACUUUUCACUUGCAAGUCUAAAACAUUGCACACCAUGAAAGUGUUAGCAAUAACACUAUGGGUUCUCUUGUUUUUUAUUUUGACAAAUACCAAGUUUGUUGUUUGUGUAGGGAUUUGCAGAGACAAUGAGCAACAAGCGUUGGAGACCUUGAAGAAAGAAGUAUAUGAUCCCUCGAAUCGUCUCGCUUCUUGGGUAGUCGGAAAAGAUUGUUGUGAAUGGGAAGGGGUCGUGUGCAACAAUCUCACUCGUCAUGUGAUUGAGCUAAGCAUUUAUAGUGAUCAGAUCGAGUCGAGAUAUCUAAGGAUCAAUAGCCUAGAGUGGUUGACAAGUCUUUCGAGUCUUGAGAACCUAGAAAUGUAUAAUGUGGAUCUUAGCAAAGCUAAUGAAUGGCUACAAGUUAUUAACAUGCUUCCUUCUCUUGUUUAUCUUCGUCUAUACAAAUGUAGUCUUUCAAGUCUUGAGCUCCGUUAUGGUGGCAUUGAAGGUGCGAUACAGAGUAAGAGUGGAAACAUAACAAAACUUAAACAUCUUGAUCUUUCUAGCAAUAACCUUAACUCCACUAUACCAAAUUGGCUCUAUCAAUGUAAAGAUCUAGAAUCACUUUUCCUUGGAUCAAAUCGUCUUGAGGGAACAGUUUCAAGUCUGAUUUCAAAUUUGAGCUCAAUAAUUAGUAUUGACCUUUUUGAUAAUAUGCUUUCCGGAAAGUUACCAAAUGUAAUUGGAAAGUUAGGGAAAUUAGGAUCGCUUGAACUCUCAGUAAAUCAAUUUGAGGGAGAUAUAUCUGAAUUAUUCAAUUUUAUGAGUAAUUUCCUUUCCAUAGAAUUUGGAAAUAGUUCUUCUUUAACUGUGUUGAGUCUAGACAAUAAUAAACUCACAGGAGCUGUUCCGGAAAGUGUUGGCCAUCUUUCAAUGCUACAAGGCCCUUUGUUUCCCACGUGGCUCAGAACUCAAAAAAAGAUAUUGAAUGUCGACAUAUCAGAUGGUGGAAUACAAGGUGAGGUUCCAACUUGGUUUUGGAAAUUGUCUCCUCAAAUUCGAUUACUCAAUCUUUCUCACAACCAAUUUGUUGGUGAGGUUCCAAUCAUCUCGACAGAUGAGCAAAGUGAUUCUUGGCUAUUAAUGUACUUGGGUUCCAACAAUUUUAGUGGACCAAUACCAUUGAUUUCAACAAAUGUAAGAGAGCUAGAUCUCUCAAACAAUUCUUUUUCCAAAGGUUUAUCUAACUUUUUGUGUGAAGCAAAGAAUGGAUCUUACAAAUUGAGAAUCUUAAACCUCGGGGGAAAUGAUUUAUCAGAAGAAAUUCCUGAUUGUUGGAUGAAUUGGCCGGAGUUGAAAGUUUUAAUCUUGAGGGACAAUAAUUUGAUUGGAAGCUUACCAAGAUCUAUGGAGGUUUUGAGUAAUUUGCGAUCAUUAGACUUACGAAGAAAUAGACUUAACGGUCCGUUUCCUUCAUCCUUGGAAAACUUCACAAAACUGCAUAAAAUAGAUUUAGCUGAGAAUGACUUUUUUGGAAAAUUACCAUCUUGGUUGGGAAUGAGGUUUCCAACCUUAAUAGUUCUUAUCCUUCGGUCCAAUAAAUUUGAUGGUGAAUUGCCUAAAGAACUAUGUCACCUCAAAGAUCUUCAGAUCUUAGACCUUGCAAACAAUACAUUUGUUGGAAUCAUACCAAGGUGUAUUGGCAAUUUGAGUGCGAUGGUCAAAGUAAAAAAGAAAGUACUGGAAGAUGAUUUCGAGUUAAAUUAUUCCUCUCGUUAUGGAACUUUGAUAGAGAGUGCAAUGGUGAUGACUAAAGGCAACAUGUACCAGUAUGAUACAAUUUUGGUGUUGUUUACAAGUUUGGAUAUGUCUAGCAAUAAUCUUUCUGGAGAUAUUCCUAUAAGUGUAACACGUCUUGCAGGAUUAAGAUCAUUUAAUCUUUCAAAAAAUAAUCUGAUUGGUAGGAUUCCAAAUGACAUUGGUGAUAUGAAAGUCUUGGAAUCUGUUGAUCUUUCAGAAAAUCAACUUUAUGGUCAAAUCCCACAAAGCUUUUCAAGUUUGACCACUUUGGACUGCUUGAAUCUAUCUGAUAACAAUUUGUCAGGUAUGAUACCAUUGAGCACUCAACUUCAAAGCUUUGAUCCCACGAGUUUUCAAGGAAGUAAACUUUGCGGGCUCCCACUCUUGGUGAACUGCAGUUCGAAUGGUAAUGUUCCAAAUCACGAAUAUGAAGAUGAGGAGAGUGACAAAGAUGAAGUGGAUUGGUUUUACAUUUCAAUGGCUAUAGGAUUUGCACUAAGCUUUUGGGGUGUUUGUGGUUCAUUGCUUUUCAAGAGAUCAUGGAGAUAUGCUUAUUUUCGUUUUCUAGACCAUGGCUGGGAAAUGUUGCUUGCAAAGUUACCAGUAUGUUGAGAGAUAUGAUUAAGGAUAUUGCUAUCAUCAAAAGUUAGUUUGUGUGCUUACAUUUCUCAUGUUAGAAAUCAUGUUGUUUCAUUUUGUAUUCAAAUAUGUAGACUUUUAUGUCUUAAUAACUUCCUCAAAUGAAUGUUUCUUAAGAUUUUCAA